UCCUCUCAAAACUCUAGCAGAAUACCAUCGCGCAUUUUUGGUUCUUUCUUCCUUAGCACAUGGAUAUGUAUGGGGCAAAUUUGACGAAGUUUCGGAUAGAUUACCGGCUUGUAUUGCAAAACCAUGGGUCAAGGUAUCCGAUUACCUAGGCAUUUCCCCAAUUGUAAAUCACGCUGCUGUCGUGUUAUGGAAUUGGCGGCUGAUCUUUCCAGAUGAACCGUUUAGUCUAAACAAUCUUGCUACAUUAUUUACCUUUUCAAAUACUCCGGAUGAAUCAUGGUUUUAUCUUGUUACUACUGCCAUAGAAGGAUUUGGUGGAAGGGCCAUUACUGCAAUAAUGUCUGCCAUUCGUGCUAUUAAGACUGGAAAUACCCAAAAAUUGAUAAUUGCAUUGAGAGACAUAAAUUCUACCAUUAUUGACAUCAAUGCAACCCUACAAAGGAUGCAUGAAAAAUGUGACCCAUAUGUCUUUUAUCAUAUGAUACGACCUUACUUAAGUGGUUGGGAAAAUGAAGAUCGCUUACCGAAAGGGCUAAUAUAUGAAGGGGUAGAUGGUAACGAUGAAAAUGGUGAUCCGAUUUAUCGUAAAUAUGUAGGAGCCAGUGCUGGUCAGAGCGCAUUGAUUCAGACAUUGGACAUUGCUUUAAAUAUUGAACAUUAUCCAACAGGGGUUAAAUCACAACAAACUAAUGGGCACUGUUUUAUGAAAAAUUAUACUUCUGGAAAUG